AUGGUCAGAGCCAACAGCAGUCCAGACGACAUCAUCACAGCCAGCAUUGCCACGAACUGCGGCUUCGCAUCCAACGUCUGGGCCGAAGUAGCCUCCCACAUCGUCGCGGGCAGCACUGGCGACAAGGUCCCCUUCUGGGCCACUAGAGGCACGUCCGGCACCAACCUGCUGGCCGUGGCCUCCAUCGAGGCCGACAACAGCCCGCCUCACCGUUCCUGA